UUGCGGGAGCGGUUUUCCUCAACUUCUGGCCGGAACGGCGAUUUCUUCUCCUUUCGGAAGAGGCUCCACCGCCGCCGCCAUCAUGCAGGAGCUCAUCGCCAGCGUGGACCACAUCAAGUUCGAGCUGGAGAUCGCGGUGGAGGAGCAGCUCGGCGCGCAGCCGCUCCCCUUCCCGGGCAUGGACAAAUCAGGAGCUGCUGUCUGUGAAUUUUUUUUGAAGUCUGCCUGUGGGAAAGGAGGAAUGUGUCCCUUCCGGCACAUCAGCGGCGAAAAGACUGUGGUUUGCAAGCACUGGUUACGGGGGCUGUGCAAGAAGGGGGACCAGUGUGAGUUUUUGCAUGAGUAUGACAUGACCAAGAUGCCAGAAUGCUACUUCUACUCAAAAUUUGGGGAAUGCAGCAACAAAGAAUGUCCGUUCUUACAUAUUGACCCCGAGUCCAAGAUCAAAGACUGUCCUUGGUAUGACCGAGGCUUUUGUAAGCAUGGCCCCCUCUGCCGGCACAGACACACCCGGAGGGUUAUAUGUGUGAAUUACCUGGUGGGGUUCUGUCCAGAAGGGCCUGCUUGCAAAUUCAUGCACCCUCGCUUUGAACUUCCCAUGGGAACCACAGAGCAGCCACCCCUGCCUCAGCCAACGCAACCUCAGCAAAAGCAAAACAACAACCCGCCGCUGCAGAGGUCGUCAUCCCUGAUCCAAUUAACGAGUCAGAACUCUUCUCCCAACCAACAGAGGACCCCCCAGGUCAUUGGAGUCAUGCAGACUCAGAAUAACAGCAUGGGCAACAGAGGUCCCCGGCCACUGGAGCAGGUCACCUGUUACAAGUGUGGUGAAAAAGGACAUUAUGCCAACCGAUGCACAAAGGGACAUUUGGCUUUUCUUAGCGGACAGUGAACCAACAACCACAGCGGAGACAACUUCCCUUUUGACAAAGAAAAUGGAAGCAGAGCGCAGCCAACCACCAAUUCAAACCAUUGAUCUAUUUUUUCCUUUGAAAGCACCAGUACCAGAAGGGCUGUCUUGCUGGGUGGACUCCUCAUUUGCGACUUUUUUAUAAUUCCGUCAUUUGUUUCAACCCUUCUGAAAUUAGACCUUGAACGGAUUCUGCCUUAACGGAAAUGCAACCCAGUGGGGAAGCUGUGCUGAAGGAGAGGGAAAUACAGAAACUUCAAAUUGCAUUCAGAAUGGAAACCUUCUUUUUGUGCUUCAAGUCCUCGGUUGUGCAAGCAGCCCCUGAACUGAACCCUGAACACAGUGCAAAGGGACCAAGGGCUAGUCUGUUUUCUGCACCGAGUGGAGGGAAGCAUCACACAGCUGUGUUCUCUGCAAAGCGCUUGGGUGAGCAUCUGGGGGCAAGAGUUGGCAUUAACUCUACAGCACUUUUACGGGUCGCUCGCAAGGCACGAGCAGCCAAUACAAAGAGCCUGCACAGACAGCUCACUUCUGUGAAUAGAUGGAACCUCAAAAUGAUAAGUGCUGGAGCUCAAAAAGUUUCAGUCUUCAGCAGACAGGUGCUACAGACACAUGUGUAUAAAGAAAAUACUAUUGCUUUAACCCUUUUGGCUGCAGUAGGCCUCGAUUCAGCAUUCGUUAGCUUAACAUCCCUGAACACUGCCAGUGGUCUCCCUCAGGUAGACUUCUUCAAAGUUGAGCCAGAAGACUGCUGCUCUAAUACCAGCCUUACUCCUCAGAAGAUAAAAUUUAUUUUUGUUUUGUCAGGCAGCCUUUUUAUUUCUGGGGGCUGGACUUUUUUUGGGGGGGGGGGAUGUGCCUAGGAAGAAUAAAACUGGAGUCCUAUGUUGUGUGGAACACCCUAUGCUUUUAGUUGAUUAAAAACGUUCCCCCCC